UCUUUUAAUAAAACAGAAGGCUUCAAUUUAUAAUUUCAUGUAUAUUUAAACUUUUAGAGGGGGAUAGUGUGUGAGAGAAAUGACUGCGUCUCUCUCUUUCUCUCUCUGAAAUAACUUUCUCUCUCCUCUUUUCCAGCUUAGCUUCUUCCUUUCCUUUCUCUGUACUCUUACCCCCUCCUCUAAUCUUUCUUCUAUUUUUUAUUUUCUUUUUUUUUUCCUUUGUUUUAUUUAAUUUUCUUUUUAUAUAAACUUCGACUUCUGGAGCUCUCCUUUUCCUUUCUUCAUAAAAUAUUCUUCAAUCUUAAAAAUAAUCCCCCACCCAAAAAAACAAACAUUUUAUUUUUAAAAAAUAGAACUGUUCUUCUUCCAUCCUCUUGUCUAGGCUAUUAUAAUUUUUUUUAUAAGUUAAGUUUACUUUAAUUUAUUAAAAAAAUUCAAGUCCUAGUAGUUAUUGUGUGUUAUUGAAUGCUGUUGUUGGAAUGGCUGGCUUAGAUUUAGGCACAGCGAAUCGUUAUGUUCAUCAACUUCAUCAUCAGGGUCAUCACCGGCCCGACCUCCACUUACAGCAGAGGUCGGACCCGUCUGAAGACGACGAUAACAACAACAAUAACAACAAUAUUGAUCAUGAUGAGCAUGACCACCAUGGGUUAGACCUAGUCAACGUUUCCGGGGGAGGCUCAGGGCAAUCUGGCCCCGGAGACGUGGUAGGUCGUCGACCUAGGGGUAGACCCCCUGGGUCGAAGAAUAAACCUAAACCUCCAGUGAUAAUAACUCGGGAGAGUGCUAACACUCUCCGAGCUCAUAUCUUGGAGGUAGCUAGUGGUUGUGAUAUAUUUGACUGCGUUGCCUCCUACGCUCGUAGGAGGCAACGCGGGAUCUGUGUCCUUAGCGGAACUGGGACAGUUACAAAUGUUAGUCUUCGCCAACCCGGAGGAGGAGGCGGGACUAGUGGUUCAGCUGUUGUUACACUACACGGUCGGUUCGAGAUCCUUUCGCUCUCCGGCUCGUUCUUACCCCCACCUGCCCCGCCUGGAGCCACCAGCCUAACCAUAUUCUUGGCUGGUGGACAGGGGCAGGUGGUUGGUGGGAACGUAGUCGGUGAGCUCGUAGCUGCGGGUCCCGUUAUCGUCAUCGCCGCCUCCUUUACCAACGUCGCUUAUGAGCGGCUGCCGUUAGAAGAGGAGGAAUCAGCAGCGGCAGCAGCAGGUGGUGGAGGUGGGGCCCUCCAGAUGCAAACCGGACCAGCCGGUGGGAACGGGGCCCAGUUCCCAGACCCAUCUUCAGGGUUACCUUUCUUAAACUUGCCCCUGAAUAUGCAAAACUGCCAGUUGCCGGUAGAUGGAUGGGCUGCUGCUAAUAACAAUUCAGCUGGUAGACCUCCAUUUGGAUAAUACAAAUUAAUCAAAAUGAAAAACACCAACAACAACAGCAGCAGAACCAGCUUGUUUUAUUUUUAUUUUAUUUUUAUCUUUUAUCUUUUUAGUUUAGAAAGUUGAAUUGAUUAGCUAGAGUACUUCAACUCAAACUCCAUCCAUUCCCAGCCAUUUGAUGUUGAUGACAACAACGAUGAUGAUGAAUGAUGAUCAAACGGCUGUAAUUUCUCGCCUUCGCAACGGCGACAUUUGAAGGAUCAUUCAGCAGGUCAGCCAACAAUAAUAAUAAUCCAUGGUACUAUCAUGUAACUCUUUGUACUUUUUUUUUGGAAGUAACUUCCCUUCUUUUUCUUUGUAUUUUACAAAUUUUGGAAAUAGUCUUUUCUAUCUCUCUUUUUUUUUUCUUAAGCUCCAUUUUUCUUGUGUGUUUGAUGAAGGAAUCAACUUGUUUGUUUAUGUCUA